AUGCCGCAGCUCGACAUCCCGACAGGUGGUCUGCAGGAGACGACACUCACCCCUCCCGAGGCAACCCCCCAAGCUCAUCCGUGUUGUUUGCACUACUCCAAGGCCCGCAAGUUGAAGGCUCUGUCCGGCCAGAGCCCGUAUUGUCUGGAUUCGCAGAUGUCUCUUCAUUUCUCUGGUUUCCACUUGCUCAAAUAUGUCGACGAGGUCGGCGUCUCAAGGACUGGACUUGCGGAAGAUGAGGCCAGAGUGGCCACGUGGACCGCAAAGCGAUGGGCGGAUUCCAUCCUGUGGCAAUAG